AUGGCAGUCUUUCACGACGAGGAGGUCAGCUCCGUGGACCAACGCUUCGCAGCUAUGAAAGGCCUCCCCACGCCUGUGCAAGACGAGUACCCAAUGCUCAUCUCGUGCAAAUCGGCAGCCGCGACCUUCCCCCUCCAAAUCCUGCUGGACUGCCUCGCAGCUGGCUACCAACCGAAUGCCUGGAUCGAUGCCAAACCCCAUUGUCGGAACUUUAAACGCAUCAAGAAUGUCGGCAUCGGCUUCACCUGCACGGACCGCGAUCUCGUCUCCAAGCUCGGUGGCCUGGCCGUCAAGAUCUGUGGCCGCUCCUUCACCGUCAAGAAGUACUCCGAGUACAACCAUCUAUACUGGGUGGAUGUGCUCCUUUCCGAUGAUACGACCCCAUCCGAUAUAUGGGAGUACUUCACGCUCCACGGCGACCAACCGGUACUUCUCCAGUCUUCCUUCUCCAAAAACGCUAUCCACUCCCGCCAUAUCACGGUGUACUUCAGCUCUCAACGAGUCCCUGCGUGCCUCCUCCUUGGCCCUGAUGACCCAAUCCGUGAAAUUACCGUCCACAACCACGUGUGCAUCGUCACACACAAACUCUCCAAGUUCAACCGUGUCACACCAACGUCGCUGCUCAAACGCACGCAACGGGCCGCGUCGACUACCCCUGCCCCUGCUUCCUCGCCAGACUCACCCAUCGAUGCACCCCGGUCCCGACUCCGGAACGCUCAGCCGCUCAUAACGCGCUGCAGCCCCCACUGCCGAGUAGUUCAGCGGUCGCGGAUCAGGAUAUGA